AUGUCCAAAAAUUUUAAGCCACUUUUGUACGACUGCUUGAAUGUAGGAAAACAUAUAAAAUCUACUAAAAAACGUCACAGCUGAAAAUUUGAGCUUGAUGGACAUGAACAUACAGUUGAUCUGUAUGUUUCCAAGAUUUCAGGAAAGCGAAAAGUGUUAGUUGAUGGUGAUAUUAAAAUUCAGACUAAAAAAACAGCAAUAUAUGGAAGCUAUCCUCUAAGAAUAGGCCGUCACAAUCUUCUAGUUUAUGAGCAAGAAGAUCAUAUCUUUGAUUUAAGAGUAGACAAUUAUUCAUUUGAAAGUCAUUACCUAAGAACAAGAACGCAAAGCGAUUUUAGGUAUAACGAACAAUACCACUUUGAUACUGAGCCAAAUAUUCCAUAUAGAGAAGAAGCAAAUGAUCCUUUUUAUACAAGAAAGGCUGGAGACCCACAAGCUUAUAGAGAUAACCCUUUUAAUGACAGCUCAUAUGAUUAUGACGAUCCAUUUAAAAAUAAAGACACUUCAAGGCAUUCUUUGAGAGGAGAAAGGAGAGAUCGAUAUGAAGGAAAUAUAAGAGCUGAUGGAUUCAGGAAAAAUCAGGAAGAAAAUGAGGUAUGGGAAAGAUAUGAAGAUUUUUCAAAAUCCAGGAAAAAUGAUAGGGAUUCUCCAGAUUUGUACGGAACUCCAAGAAGAAGCGAGCCACCUAGAGUUGUAGAAAGAAGGCCCAUGCUUUAACUGGGUAUGUUUGAUACUUUGUGAAAUUAGAAAUAUCUUUAUUUGUUUAAGAUUUAAACCAAUUGCAUAUUUUUUUAUAAUAUAUAUAAUCCAUUAUAAUAUAUUCCUGUAUCCUCUCCACCCCCUCCACCACCUAAAAAUGAAGAUGUAGAAGUGAAAAAGCCACAAGAUCAACAAAAUUUAUUAGAUGCUCCAUAUCAAAUUUCCACAUUACCUACAGACAUUUUCACAAGUAACAUAAGUACUCCUUCAAACAAAAGCAAGCCAAACAACAACCCUUUCGCAAAUAAUAAUCAAUUCGGGAUGAGCAACAACCCUUUUGAAUCCCAAACAAGCCAACCGCAAGCGAAUACUUUUGACUGAUCAGCUGUCUCACCUAGGCCAGAGACUAGCAAGCAGCCUCUCCCACAGAGUAGUUCGCAGCCUAAUGGAUUUCCAUUAGGAAUGCCUCAAAUAGGAGCUCAAGCCAUGCCGCCAAAUAUGCAAAAUCAAAUGCAAGGUGUAAACCCUAUGGCAGCAAUGAUGGCAUAUAACCAAUUCAUGACUGGAAUGAUGAUGGGACAAUACAUGAAUUCUCAGCAACCUUUUAGGUAA